AUGGGCCGCAAGAGCAAGAAGGGCGGCAGGAGCAGGAAGCCGCCCCGCCCCGCGGGGUGCCCGGCGCCGCCGCCGACCAACGCGGACUGGGAGGACUCCACCGCCGCCUUCCGGAAGGAGGCCGAGUCCGCGAUCCGCGCCGCGCGGUCGUCCCACUGCCACGACGACGGCUGCGCCGCGGCGGCGGCCGGCCUCGCGGAGCGCCACCCGGCGUCGCCCCUGGCGCACCACAUCCUCGGCCACGCGCGCGCCUCGGUCGACGCGCGCGCGGGCGACGCGGUCCCGCCGCGCCGCCGAGCUCGCCCCAGGAUCGCCGCCACACGCGCCUCCGCGCUCCUCUACGCGCGCCGGCCCGGAGAGGCCCUCACGGAGUGCGCGCGCACUCGACGACGUGGCGGACCCUACCGACCCGGCCCUGCACGCCGCCGACGCCGCCGCUGGCGCCUCCCGCCGCGCCGCGCUCGUGGCAACAACGAGCCCGCAUGCGCGCGUCGCGGCAGCGCGGCAGCGGCUACUCGGGGUCCACGCCGACGCGGAGGCCCUCGAGGCCACGGGGUCCGCCAGGCCACCGCGCCACCCGUGGGCGUGGCGGCGCCGACGACGAAGCCACUGUGCUGUUGCCGCCACGCCACCACGCGGAAGGCGGUGACCGACGACGACCUGCGCGGCUUUCUCACGGUGAACCUCGACGACCUGAGGUCCUACUGCGACCAAACGGGCGGCGGCGGCGUGCAUCUGCUCACCUGCGCAGUGGAGUUUGCCAAGGCCACAAAGGCAUGGGCGUACUGGCUGUGCCCUGUGUGCGACAUGGUUUUCUUGGACGCAAACUCGUUCGUGUCACACGUCGAGGGCGAGUACAUCGAUGAACUCCAAGAACUGCAGCCGUUGAUGCCGAAAAGAGCAGCCUUGGAUUCCGAAGAGCUUCAGUAUUCCUUGAAGUGGACGUCAUUUGAGAUGGGAGAAGAAGAUGUAGAGCGAAGAAAGAACUUGGACAGGAUCAAGGAUGUCUUUUCUGGCCUCAAUACAUUUAAGGCUCUCUCUGUUGGCCUUGUGGACAAGGUCAAGUUUGCGAGGAGCAGGUCCAAGAAACCAUUGCCAUAUUGCAUUCCUUCCUGUGUCACCUCAUUGGACUCCAUGGAAAUUCAGAGACUCGAUAAACCAUUGGACCAGCUUUAUAAUCAUUUAUCCAGAGGCUGGGAAUUCGUGAGGAUUUUGGGUGAUGAAGGGAAGAACAAGGAAGGUCGUUCUGAUAUCAUAUUUCUGGUUCAAGAUGGGACCUUAUUAUCUUUGGACGCUGAGAAGGUUGCUUCAAGAACAAAGGAUGGUUCUUGCGAGGAGGAUGCGCUGUUUAGAUGGCUGUUAAAUUUUCUGGAAGAGGAUAAGUUGAAUAAUUCUGCUGGAGAAGACUCACAGGAUGGGGGUGAUAAAAAUGCUGUCAAUAAUGGAGAUGGUUUAGAUAAUCUGCAUGAGGAAUCUUUGUUCGAAGACAAAAUUCCAGACAUUGAUUCAGACAUGCGUUUUACUAUCAGCAGGACAGAUGAAUGUGAAAACUCCUCGCUCUCGCAAUCCGAUAGCUCGAAUUUUUCUACCUUGGAAGCUGAAAGUUCUUCCAUAGACAGUGGUGUAGGUUCUGUACUUCACAUCACUGCUGAGGGUCUGCUGUUUUUGAAUGUGACUCUCACGGCUCCACCCGUGUUCACCACCGCCACAGCCACUGUGGCGCCCUUGCCUGCACAGCAGCCUGCACCUUCCACAGGCGUCUUCGGUGAGUGGAUGGCGACCUUCGACCACAUGCAGCGCCAGAUGGACGUCCUCGCGACCCUUGUCCAUAACAUUGACGCACAGCCGGCGUCGGUGCCCUCAUCCAUGAAGCGCGCUGGUGGCGAGCCUCAUCCUCGGCGUGCGGUGCCUCCAUUCACAGUGCCGCGGUAA